AUGGAUCGUGAGAUCACAACCCGAAAAAGAUGUUGCAAGACAACAUUUACAGCGUUAUCGAUCACCCAUCAUUUCAUCUAUUUAUUCUUGCCUCUUUCCAUGUCGGCCAGCGGAGGCUUUAUUAUUAAAUUGAUAGAUUCGAUGACGCAGUUGUUGAGUAUAUCCGUCAAAAAUUUUAUGUGUCUAGAGGACGUGAAAUACGAGUCUUUCGGCAAGAUCACCACAAUCACGGGACCAAAUGGAUGCGGAAAAUCUGCAUUGGUCCGGGCGAUUGGAAUUCUUACAGGAGAUGAGGUGACGGAGUCUUCCAAUCAGCAAUAUGCGGUGAGAUUUGGAAAAUAUAUAAAUUUUUGGUACUUGUGGGUUUCGUUCCCCCCAAAAUGA